AUGGAGGAGGCUGAGGUGUGGUCCUGGUGCUUCCCUCACUUGACCAGCUCAUGCAGGCGUCUGCAGCAGCCUCACUCCUCCACAGUGCUCCUCUACUCUCUCCUGGCCUUCAUCUCUCUGCUCACCGUGUGUCUCAAUCUGCUCGUCAUCGUCGCCAUCUCUUACUUCAGGCAGCUGCAGACUCCCACCAACGCCCUGCUGCAGUCGCUGGCUCUGUCCGACCUGGUGGUGGGGCUGCUGGUGAUGCCUGUAGAGGGGGUGAGACACAUGGAGAUGUGCUGGGUGCUGGGCAGGCUGCUGUGUGCUCUGACCCCGUAUGUGUCCUACUGCCUGCUCUCGGCCUCUUUAGGAAGCAUGGUGCUGAUCUCCAUAGACCGCUACCUGGCCAUCUGCGACCCGCUGCUCUACUCGUCCAAAGUGAGCGUGAACCGGAUGCGGGUGCUCAUCUGUCUGUGCUGGGCCUGCUCUCUGCUCUAUAACGGCUGUAUUCUGAUAGGACACCUGAGCCGGCCCGAGCGCUACAGCACCUGCCAUGGCGAGUGCGUGGUGGUCAUCAGCCACGCCGCGGGCACGGUCGACCUCUUUGUCACGUGUGUGGGCCCGUGCACUGUCAUGAUUGUCUUGUACUUUCGAGUGUUUGUCGUCGCCGUCUCUCAGGCUCGUGCCAUUCGCUUGAGAACCACUUCCACCACAAAGGCCUCUGUGGUGACCGUGGUCCAGGCCUCGGAGAAGAAGGCGGCCCGCACUCUGGGUGUUGUGAUCCUUGUCUUUCUCAUUUGCUUCUGUCCGUACUACUAUCCCGCUAUUGCUGGGGUUGAACUGUCGAAUAACUUAUCCUACUUUUCUAUUCUGUCCUGGAUCAUGAUGCUGAACUCAUGCAUGAAUCCGCUAAUUUAUGCCAUGUUUUAUCCCUGGUUUAGAAAAGCGCGCUGUUCCCGAACGCAAACGGCCAGCGUCGGAAGAGCAACUUUGUCCCAGGGUAGAAUGAAGAGAGGAGCCAAGCGGAUAUGUGCCCGGUCUGAGAUACCCCACCACCACUCCUCCCUGCUUCCACCUCACUCUCUGCUGCUGCCGUUCCCGUAUGUUCCACGCAUCAGUAAUCCCAUUCACUUCCAUCAGCUCACUAUGUGGAUACCAGCCUUGCUCCUAUGGAUCCUUAACAGCAGCCACUUGUGCUUCGGACAAGACUAUACAGACUAUAAUCAGGCGGGGGACACGGGCACAGAGAGCCCUGUGACUGAAGCGGACUUCAGCUCCGUGAACAGUGUGGACGAGCUGCUCCGUCUCCUGCUCCCGGAGUACAGUCUGCUGCAGCAGUGUCUGAGGAAGAGGCCGUGGCCUUCAUCCUUUUCCUCCGCUGUGCCUCCACUGUCUGAUGAUGAAGAUCUGUGGCGUUCAGAAGCGGUUUAUAAAUUUGACGGAACUUUGGGAGUCAUCCUUGAAGAGAUCCAGAGGACAUCAUGUCAGCCUAGAGAAGUGUGUGUUGAAGUUUCCAAAGAAUAUCCAGACUCCACGACUCAGCUGUACCUCCCCCGCUGUGUGGCUGUGCACCGCUGUGGAGGAUGCUGCAACACCGAGGCCUCCUACUGCACCAACACCAGCCACUCUCUGGUCAAUAAGACACUGAUGGAGCUGACCCCACCCCGCAUGGAAAGGACUGUUGUCAUGGUAACCUUUGUCAACCACACUUCAUGUGAAUGCUUAUCCAAAAGACCCCUGCACAGUAUCAUAAGACGAGCCACAGACCACUUGUGUUCUCCACCUGACAUUCCCUGUGCUGCAGGCUCAUUAUGGGACCCCGUCAGCUGCAUGUGUGUUUCUAUGGACACAAUCAACUACUCCCAACGAGAAGCUGAGGCUCUCGACUCCAGCUUGCUGGCUCUGUGUGGACCAAACAGAGUUCUGGAGCAGUCGACCUGUGAGUGUGUGUGUAGAAAUGGCCUGACUGAAGCUAGCUGCGACCUGGGCUGGAAACUGGACCAUGACACCUGUGAAUGUCAGUGUGAAGGUCCAGAAGAGGGAAAGUGGUGCCCUCCUGGACAAAGAUGGGACGAGGAUUUGUGUGGCUGUGUGUGUGAUACCACUUGUCCCGGGAACCAGCCCUUAAACCCUGACACGUGCCUGUGUCAGUGCAGAGAGAGCAUACAGACGUGUCUACGGCAAGGCAAGAGGUUCAACCCCAACACCUGCAGUUGUUACAGACUCCCGUGCAGAAAGCCCAGGCGCGUGUGCCAGGCAGGAUUUUACUACAGCCAUCAAGUCUGCCAGUGCAUCCCCAACUACAUGAGGCCAGAGUGGAACUAG